UGUAAAUUCUCCCUGGAAACACCAGUUGCAACACAACUCAGUCUAUUUCGCUCGUCCCUCUUUUUACAUACAAUUGCUAACCAGUAGUUAACUGGAAUUGCAAUUGGUGCAGCCAAGUCUGUGAUUUGAUUGCUGUCGAUGGUCCUCGAGCGUUCUUCGUCCCAAACGGCCUCAACUGAUGCUGCAUUUUCUCUGACAAUGUCAAAUCCCGAGAAAAUUCCGAACGAUUUUCCAGCUUCAAUUAGAGUAGCAGAGUGCGUUCCAGUUGAUUUACUUCGUGUCUUCUAUGGGGGCAUUGUAACUGGAGGUAUUGCUGGUGUUGUUGUAGAAGCGGCUUUAUAUCCUAUUGAUACAAUAAAAACUCGAUUACAGGCUGUCCAUGGUGAAGGAAAAAUUAUAUUAAAGGGUCUUUAUUCAGGAUUGGCUGGAAACCUUGCUGGAGUCUUACUAGCAUCUUCUCUAUUUGUUGGCGUUUAUGAACCUACAAAGCAGAAAUUGCUGGAAACCUUCCCUGAAAAUUUCGGUGCCCUUGCACCUUUGAUUGCAGGUGUUAUUGGAGGUGCUGUUUCUUCUAUUCUACGCGUGCCAACAGAGGUUGUUAAGCAAAGGAUGCAAACCUGCCAAUUUGCUUCAGCUUCUGAUUGUGUUCGUGUGAUUCUAGCUAAGGAGGGAAUUAAAGGUCUCUAUACGGGGUACGGUUCCUUCUUACUGCGAGAUUUGCCUUUUGAUGCCAUCCAAUUUUGCCUCUACGAGCAACUUCGGUUAGGAUAUAAACUGGCGGCAAAAAGGGAUCUGAAUGAUGCUGAGAAUGCUAUUAUUGGUGCUUUCGCUGGUGCUAUAACUGGAGCUGUAAGUACUCCUCUUGAUGUGAUAAAAACCAGGUUGAUGGUUCAGGGAUCAGCAAACCAAUACAAUGGAAUAUGUGACUGUGCAUUGACUAUAAUGAGAGAAGAGGGCAAGCAUACUCUUUGGAAGGGUAUUGGGCCAAGAGUUCUGUGGAUCGGUAUUGGAGGUUCAAUUUUCUUUGGCGUCCUCGAAAAGACGAAGCAACUUUUUGAACAAGGGUCUCAGAAAUCGACCAAUUCCGAGCGAGACUAGUUUCCACAGAUUCCAUGCUGAAUCCAUUGUGAAUAUUUUUGGUACCUGUGACGGGAAACCAAAGGAUUAGCUCUGCUUGUGGUUGCCAUUGCAAGGUUUGUUAUAUUUAACUUACAUUACGACAACCUGAGGAUGUUUAGAUGUUAUGCCGUAACUUUUGCCUUAAUAUUCGAGGCAGUUUUGAUUCGUUCACUAGCAA